UACGGUCACCGAGGGCGAGUCAGCAAGCGCGUGUGCAGUUAACACGGGGGGCCACGGGCCUGAAAAGGCGGGUGCGGGGCGCCACCCAACCGCUGCCGCGCGAGCGCCGCCACCGAACGCGCCCCGCCGGCCUGCGUCCGCCCCGCCCCGGGCCAAGCGUCGCGACGCUCCUCCGGGAAUCCAGCCCUUCCUAUCUUCUCGCGGCGCUUCCUCCUCAAAUAGGCCGCGCGGGGUCACGAUCCGUGCGUACUGAGACCGUGCAGCAGCGUCGAGGGAGGUUCGUCGGUCGGGUUGACUUGGGCGCGGAUGGGCGGGACCGGCGCGAGCAGCCGGCGGAGGUGGGCGCGGCGGUCCUUCCGGACGGCGGGUGGUGGAGGAGGAAGGGGAACCGGUGGGGUUGUCAGGCGGACCGUCGCGGCGUCGACGACCAUGGCUCCGCGGGGUACCCAAGGGUUUGCUCAUGUGGACAAGCAACAGCGUCAUGUUCAUGGAGUAUUAUCAGAUUUCAGAUGCAACAGUGGAUCAACAGAUCAUCUUUCUUUGUAUGUCGAGGAAUUUAAGCAUAAGAGCUCACACAGAUCAUCUGUUAGAUGUCUUCCUAGUGCACAGGGAAAUGUAACAGAAAUCAGUCGCAUGCAACCUGUUGCAAGGAAAGUUCAGGUAGAUAUGACCUUCAAUGAUAAAGGAUUGUGUCGUGCUAGCAGAACUGUUUCAGGAAUGCGAAUUCAACCUAAAUAUUAUAUCAGCAGUCCCAACAACAAUUUGAAGAAUUCUCCUACUGUGAAGAGUUAUAGUGGGAUGAGUGAUUUCAAUUAUCAACUGGUCAGAAGUGCUAAAAGGUCAGCUUUGCCAAAGAUGGGUUUAACCAGCACAAACUGUUCCCUUUCUGAGAAAAUGUCUUUUCUGCGUCGACCACGGCAUGGUGAUAAUCAUCAGAACCAAAGCCGUAUCAGUGCUUUGAAUCGAAGAAACAAAAUUGUGAAUCCUAGGGGAGCAGCUCACCUGCUAAGUAAAGAUAAGGUUCAUGAACACCUUAAUUCCUCAUUGGAAAGACAUUCACAGGCUUUGUUAAGUAAUGCAUUGAUUCGAGAAAAGCAACUGUGCUGUUCAGAUAUACUCAAUCAAAAAGAACCUGAACAGCUAUGGAGCUCUGCUUACAGUGAAUCUGAGAAGAUGUUAUGCUUUUCCUCCAGUGACAGCAUUGAUGAUCUGCAAGUAUCGUCUUCAAGUGACACUAGUGAUAGCUUCAACUUAUCAUCUCUGGGUGUAAUAGAUGGUGAUGAAUGGAAUACGACCUUCAAGAGGGUGUACUACCCUCAUGCUGCAUGCCUAGACUCUAUAUCUGUCAUAUACGCUAAAGAAAUAGGUCAGGUUAGCCCAAUAUCUGUUCUUCAGCCUCUAUCUGAAGAUUGCUCAGAUUCUGAAAACAUCAGACACGAGCCUGCAGAUCCAUAUGAUCUCCAACUCAGACUUGAGCUUGGCACAUCUGCACCAAGGGAGACUGCUGCAGAGGCAAGUAAUUUUCGCGGAACUAGUGUCUGUUUAACCUCCGAAGUGCAGUCAAGCGAUGAGAAACCCAUACAACUGGUUGAAGACAUCCUUGAAGAAUUUGAAGAUGAUGAGGAAAGGGACUUCUCUUACUUGCUGGAUAUACUGAUUGCUUCUGGAAUUCAUGGAACUGCCGAGGAUCAAAUGUACAAGGUGUGUCAGUCUCUCGACCACCCUGCUGGUGAUGACGUAUUUGAGAAGCUGGAAAAGAAGUACAACAAAGUUGUUCAGUGGUCAAGAUCAGACAGGAAGCUUCUAUUCGACAUGGCCAACACAAUACUAUCACAGAUCCUUGCCCCGUGCUUGAACAUGCAACCUUGGGUCUAUACCACUAGGAACUUGGCCCCACUUUGGGGCCCAGAUGGUCUUCUGGAGAAAGUCUUGCAGAUGCUAGUUCAGAGACGGGAACACCUUGCACCCAGUGAGACUAAGCCAGAGAAGAAAGGAUUUGAUCCGAAGUGGCCAGGUUUAGCAGACUGCAUCGACAGGGCAGGAAGGGACAUUGAGAGAAUGGUAAAAGAUGACCUGUUGGAAGAGCUGGUCGUUGAGCUACUGUCCAGUUAGGUUUCCACAAUUCCACGGCCGUAGUAGGUUUUAUCAUAGCAGUACAGAUUCUUUGUUCUUUUGUUUAGUUUUUUUAGUCAGUUGUAGUUGUUCCUUUGGUCCCUGUCCCUGCUAUCACUGCUAUUUUUUUUCUCUUCGUUGUUAAAGCAGUGGGGGAGAGUUUUUUUUUUGGUCUAGUCGCCGUGCUUCCGGUGGUAUUAUGACGUGAAUUCCAUUGGAUUAGAGGAUCUCUGUAGGGAAAAGUUCUUUUCUACCUCUCCAUAAAGAGUACCUUUUGAAGUGAGGUUUGUAAGAAUAUAAAAAUUUCCUGUCGAGCUUUGUCGGCUGUGAGCCCUCAAAUCUGUAUAUGAGGUAAAAUUAUAACUUAAUUGUGUUAUGCUUUAAAGGAAAAGGAAGAUAGUGGCCUA